CAGUGUCAGUGUCAGGGAAUCGUGACUGCAAUUAUUUUUACGAGUACUAAAAGCAAAAAUGAAUGGCAAAUAAGAAAUAUGCCUCCAUUUUGUUUAUUUUGUAUGUGAAAAGUACAUUGCCUCUAGCGCGAAAGUCCACCGAAUAAGUACAUCCCGAUAUUUCUCUGUCAGAGAGCGGUUGGAACAAAAUCGCUAUUUAUGUUUCUGAUGCGAUUCUCUCGCGCAGGGGGUGUAAAAAACUGCAGACAUUGGGCGCAUCGCGAGUAAGCACUUCCUCAAAUUGACCACUUCGGUUUCCGAGACUAAACGCACGGAAAAUUCACAAGAUAAGAAAACCGGCGGCCGUAUCCUAGUCCGUGUGCGUUCCUCAUUACCUGAUACAAACACAAAUCUAACGAGUAGUGAAGACAGUCUCGUAUUUAGUGGUAUAGAGAAGGAAAAACCUGCUCCUCUAAACCCGACGCCUCCAAUGAUGAACCACCGGACAGGACCAGGAUUUUUUCAGCAUCGAGACAACCAUAGCGACGUCGAGGAUAUGGAUACCCAAGAAGUUAAUAAUAUGGAUUACAUCACAGAAACUGGUGGAGGAGAAAUGGAUCAGAGCCAAAAUGGAGAAACAAUUAUUGGACCCCAACCUGACCCUAGUAUGGCUAGUUCCGUGGACACUGAUAUGCAAGAAGAUGAGGCACGCAGUGAAGCCACCUUUAGAUAUACUGUGUCUAACUUUAGUAAGCUGAAGGACUCUGUCCUUUCUCCUGCCACCUUUGUGAGGAACCUACCCUGGAAAAUUAUGGUUAUGCCACGCAGUAACCACAGCCAAGACCGAACAGGUCAAAAAUCAUUGGGUUUCUUUCUGCAGUGCAAUGGAGAGAGUGAGUCCAGCUCUUGGUCGUGUUACGCGGUGGCGGAACUACGGCUUCUGUCUGUCAGGUCAGAUGCCGAAACGUUUUCCAGGAAAAUUCAGCAUUUGUUUUAUUCUAAGGAAAAUGACUGGGGUUUCUCACAUUUUAUGGCAUGGAAUGACGUGCUAGAUCCAGAAAAAGGUUACAUUAAAGACGACGCGAUUACAUUAGAAGUCCAUGUAGUUGCUGACGCCCCUCACGGCGUUUCUUGGGACAGCAAGAAACACACAGGUUAUGUGGGUCUCAAAAAUCAAGGAGCCACUUGUUACAUGAACUCUCUACUUCAAACCCUUUACUUCACAAAUCAGCUUCGCAAAGCUGUCUAUAAAAUGCCCACUGAGUCGGACGACUCUACCAAAUCUGUGGCUUUGGCUUUACAGCGGGUUUUUCACGAAUUACAGUUUUGUGAUAAACCAGUUGGCACGAAGAAACUUACCAAAAGUUUCGGGUGGGAAACUUUGGAUAGUUUUAUGCAGCAUGAUGUACAGGAGUUUUUAAGGGUUCUUCUUGAUAAAUUGGAAAGUAAAAUGAAAGGGACCUGCGUAGAAGGUACAGUUCCAAAACUGUUUGAGGGCAAAAUGCUUUCCUAUAUCAGAUGUAAGAACGUAGAUUAUUCUAGUACACGAUCAGAGACUUUUUAUGAUAUUCAGCUGAACAUCAAAGGAAAGAAAAACAUAUAUGAAUCAUUCAAAGACUAUAUAGCAAAAGAAACAUUAGAUGGAGAUAAUAAAUACGAUGCUGGAGAACACGGACUACAGGAUGCAGAAAAGGGUGUAAUAUUCUCCUCGUUUCCACCCGUUUUACAUUUGCAUUUGAUGAGAUUUCAGUAUGAUCCAGUGACCGACUCGUCUGUUAAGUUUAAUGAUAGAUUCGAGUUUUACGAAAAAAUUCAGUUAGACGAGUAUCUACAAGAAAAGGACCCCAACGAUCCUGCUAAUUACACUUUGCAUGCCGUUUUAGUGCACAGCGGUGAUAAUCAUGGAGGUCAUUAUGUGGUUUUCAUUAAUCCUAGAGGUGACGGUAAAUGGUGUAAAUUUGACGACGAUGUGGUAUCGAGAUGUAGCAAGGCUGAAGCAAUAGAACAUAAUUAUGGGGGACACGAUGAGGACAUCAAUAUGAUGAACGUUAAGCAUUGUACCAACGCUUAUAUGUUAGUUUAUAUUAGGGAUUCCGAAUUACCUAACGUUUUACAAGAAGUCACAGAUAUAGAUAUACCCAGUGAAUUAGCAGAUAGACUGGCUGAAGAAAAAAGGAUGGAGCAAGUCAGAAGAAAGGAGAGGAACGAGGCUCAUUUAUAUAUGACAAUUCAGGUAUUAUUAGAGGACCAGUUUGAUGGUCACCAGGGCAAUGAUCUUUAUGAUCCGGAACACGCUCAGUUUAGAGUUUUCAAAGUAAAGAAAAACGCAACUAUUGCAGACAUGAUGGAAAUGUUGGCAGACGCUUUUAAAUAUCCUCCGGAACAAAUGCGUCCAUGGCCUUUUUCUCCCAGAUCAAACCAGACAAUAAGGCCGGUAGUGCUAGAUGUUGAGGGAGAUCUACAAAAAACCGUGAUCGACGCAGCAGAGAUGGUGAAUCCUUGGAAUAUAUUUUUGGAACUUUUGCCUCCAGACUCAGGACAAUCUAGCCUGCCAUCUUUUGAUAAGUCCGAUCUUGUGUUUCAGGAAACGGACGUCAUGCUUUUCUUCAAGAUGUAUGAUCCCAAACAGAAAAAGAUCCACUACUGCGGCCACGCCUAUAUACCAGUAACCAGUAAACUGAGCGAUAUAUUUCCGGUGUUAAAUGAACGCGCAGGAUUCGCUCCAGACACCGAAUUAUUACUCUACGAAGAAAUCAGGCCUAAUAUGAUUGAGAAGAUUACCAAGUUCAAUGAGCCCAUAGAAAAGGUUUUAGAAGAACUUAUGGAUGGAGAUAUAAUAAUAUUUGAAAAAGAUGAGGGCGAUGUUAAUUCUGACCUUCCUACUUGUAUAGACUACUACAAAGACCUCUUCUACAGGGUAGAAGUUACUUUUGUGGAUAAGACGAUACCUAAUGAUCAAGGUUUUACAAUGGAAUUGUCUCAAAGGAUGACAUAUGAUCAAUUUGCACGGGCUGUGGCGCAGCGGGUGGGGACCGAUCCAUAUUUAUUGCAAUUUUUUAAAACUCAAGGAUAUAAAGACAGUCCGGGACAUCCUUUACGAUGUACCUUUGACGGUACCCUAAAAGACCUUUUAGUAUUUACAAAACCAAAAGUCCCUAAAAAAAUCUAUUAUCAGCAAUUAAGUAUUAGGGUUAAUGAACUGGACAAUAAGAAACAAUUUAAAUGCAUCUAUGUUGGACCUACCAUGAAGGAAGAGAAGGAGUUGGUUCUGUAUCCAAAUAAAAAUGGCACUGUGGCGGAUCUGUUAGAGGAGGCCAAAAAGCAGAUUGAAUUCGGAGAAGACAGUACAGGGAAAUUAAGGCUAACAGAAAUAAAUUGCAAUAAAUUACUUAUGGGUCCCAAAGAAGAUAUUCCAUUGGAGACACUGGCUGCAACAAAAAUUUAUAGGGUGGAAGAAGUACCUAAAGAAGAGUUAGUGUUAGCGGAUGAUGAAAUGUUAGUAUCGUGUGCGCACUAUCAUAAGGAGGUCUUCUCCACCUUUGGUAUACCGUUCCUCAUAAAAAUUAAACAGGGAGAACCUUUUAGUAAAGUUAAAGAACGAAUUCAAAAAAAGUUGGCUGUGCCGGAGAAAGAGUGGGAAAAGUUCAAAUUUGCGAUAGUGUCCAUGGGUAGGCCUCAAGUUAUUAACGAGGACGAGUAUGUAGUUAAUUUAAAUGAUUUUAGGCUGCAACCAACGCAAGUUGGCAAUCCGCGACCGUGGUUGGGUUUAGAGCACGUUAACAAGGCACCGAAGCGGACAAGGUUUAACUAUUUGGAAAAGGCGAUCAAAAUAUACAACUGAUAUUAAACUGCCUGAUAUUUCGUAAUCAGAUCCACCCAGGCAGCACCCAUCUUUAUUCGGAAGUGUGAACCUAUUUAUAUCGUAAAUAAUACCUUUAUAUUCAUUUCUUUUAUUGUCAAAUAGUGGCGAUAUUGCGGCAAAAAUUGGCUCGACGGUGCUAUUUUUGACAAGUUCCCCAUGUAAUGUAAAAAAAAAUGUUAUAAUUAUUGUAGUAUGCGAUAGUAUACGGGAACGAUUGCGUUAUGUAUAUUUUGCGUUAUUGUAAGUUAUUUGUGUAUAAAAUAUCUAGGAAAGACGGUAUUUGUAUUUUAUUUUUGGUUGUUAAAAGAGCGCAACGAUAUCGGAGCUAAUUUGGCCUCAGAAUAGACAGAAAACGGAUGGUUACACUCACUUUGUAUGUAUAUAGUAAAGUUUUUCAGGCCAGAAUUUUAUGGUCUAAUAUAUUUAUGGAAAUUGAGAAUAAUUUGUUGAACUUAAUUUUUUUGUAUAAUGUUUAUGGUUCAUUUGUAUUGAUCCGUAUAGCACCGGACGUAAGUUCGUAAUAUGUAAUUAAUGAAGAUCUUCCUCACAUCAUUAAUAUAUUAAAAUAUUUAAUUUUA